AUGGUCGUCCAACGAACGCCACCACCGGUGCGAAGAUCUCCACGAAAGGGAAGCGCGCCGCCUUCCGACACCCCGCUCUCUCAAACAGCACGCUCGCAACAUGGGGCCAAGGUCGUCUCCUCAACACCUUCAACUGCAUCGCGAGCCGAGCCAUCCACUCCAGUCGCACAUCCCGCCGCCUCCGACUUUCCCAGCCUCGACCAGAUGGCCGCCGUGUCCAAGGAGCAGCGCUCGGCAUCUCGUCCCACUGCCAACCGCGCCGCGUUUGCCGCCUCCUUCCCCGCUGCCACAAGCUCCAAUCUUGUACCCAGCUCCCUUCCCCGGCCUGCAGCUCAGGUGCGCAGCAUCCAAUCAGACAACCAGCAUGACGACCAUCAGCGUUCUCGCGUAGCACGCAGCUCGCUCACCAAUGGCGCUAUCCAACGCGUCCGUCAACAGGCAGGCGAUGAGACUCCACUCGGUGUUUCUCAGGCAAGGGCUGCUCGCCAGGCACUCGCUGCUUCUGGCUCCACCUCGAAAGCAAACACGUCUCUGCUUGCCGAUGACAGCGGCGACAGCACUGCUCAGCUUAUUCCGGGUCGUCGUGAGGCUGCACUCGAUCCACUCCUCGCCAUUAUCGAUGUCGAGAAUCCGCAGAUGCCCCGCCUGUCCUCAGCACCGCCUCCACAGCCUUCCGCCCACAACGAUCCUGCUGAUGCGGCGGCUGCAGACACCUCGUCCGCGUCCCAGGCUUCCAUCUUUGGCACAGCCAAUCGCCGUAAUGGACGCGACCAGCCCGUUGGCGCAGCAGCCAGCGCAGGCACCGCCUACGAUUUCAGCAAAUACCUCGACGGAGAGCUUGAUCCUUUCAACCGUGCCUCGCGUGCCAACCCACGUCGCGAGUCGCGUCCCUUGUCAGCUCAGCCGCCCCAGGAACAAGACGACGAUGCUGCCGACACUUCGGGAGAUACCACCGCGCGUGGAGCCCUCGCUGCUCCUCCCACCAAAGCUGUCACGGCCGCGGCGCCCAUCGAAUCCACCCCGCUGUUGAGUCGUGUCAAAGCAGCAGCUGCUACCACCACACCACGCAUGAGUCCGCAUGCCAGCCCCAGCGUCUCGAGCCGCAAACUUGCCCACCUCUCUUCGCUCGCCAAUGGCCACAAUACACCAACUGCUGGAAAUGGUGCCCAGUCUGCGGCCGCUGCUAUCACCGUUGACGCCUCUACCGCCUCCCUCUCUCACCAACGCUUCGACUAUUCUGCGCGCACCGACCGUAUCCAGACCAUGGAGCUUGGCGAACUGCGCAAGAAGGCCACCACCCUCUCGCGCCAGCUCGCGGCAGCUCACGACGCGCUUGCUUCGGCAAAGGAAGAGUCCGAAGGCUGGGCGUCCGAGUGCACUGGCCUGCAAGAGCAGCUCGCCGCGUUGAAAGCGACGCACACCAAUGCCAUUGCACGCGAAUCCCGUGCGCGCGCCGAGCUGCAGGUGCGUCUCCACCAGUACAAGAUCGAAGCGGACGAUCGUGCCUGGAGGUUGCUCGCGCAGAAGAGGCAGGCGUGUGUCAUUGACGUUGCGCUCCAGCACGCCAAGAACGAAGCUACGUUUCACGAGGGCAGGUAUCAUGCCACCGAGUCGGAGCUUGAGGCGCAGAAGGACGAGUUGCGCAUCCGGCUGAUGUUGGAGAAGAAGCGUGCCGAUUUGCUCGCUAUGCAUGUCAAGGUGGCGAUCCGCGACAGUGCGCGGUUGAAGAAGAGGCUAGGUAUCAAGUCGGCGGCGCUGCUCGAACUGCAGACCGAGAACGAGAGGCUGGCGGAACAGUUGGAGGAGACGCGUCGGUCUGGACGCUCAGCCGGCCGAACCGGAGAGGACGAGGCGACACUCAGGCAGCAGCUCGAAGAGGCACAGGCUGAAAUCGAGGCUUUGAACGAACGCGAUGCCAUGAUGGCCGAGACGCGCAAGACGUGGAAGGCCGAGCGCAAGCAGCUGUUGGCGCAAGUUGAGGAGCUUUCCUCGGCAGCAUCGGCUCCUGUCCAUGUCGCUCGGCCAGCAGAAGCACCCCGAGCGCUCAAAACGGCGGCCAGAUCGCUCGUUGCCCCACAGAUGCUGCCCCCGUCGUCGCCCGUAUACGCAAAGAAAAAGAGACCCAUGCAGGGCGCCUCGGAACUCGAACCUCCCUCCGAAGACGACGAAGCCGACCGACGUGCGGUGGCCGCUACCACUGCACUGGCACGCAGCAAAGGCGCUGCGGCGGCCAAGACCAUGUUGCCGCUCGUUCCGUUUGCGCAGACUGCUGCUGGCCAUGGCAAGAAGACGGUCAAGGCAAUCCCCAGGGCGGCUGUGGCGGCACCUGCUGCUGCUGCUGCCAAGACCAAGUCGAAGAAUUGGCGCGACGAGGUCGCCAUCACCGAUUCGUCGGAGGAAGACGAUUCGGACGACGGUGGCAAGCGCAAGACCAAGUCCAAGAGCAACGGCGCCGUUAAGCGAGGCAGUGCCAAAUCCACCGCAGCAACGCGCAAGACGAAACCCUCCUCCAUGCCGAUCGAGUACGACGACCAGACGGCCGAUCCGUCCGCUACGCCUAUCAUCCGCACGAAACGCACCGCUGCUGCCGCCGCCGCGGAUAGCGAGGACGAGCACGCCGGCCCCGCAGACUCCAGCGUGCUGGGAGCCAAGUUUGGGCGCGACCGCACCAACCUCGCCCUGUCCACCAAGCCCAGCCUAAAACCCGCUGCUGCGAGCAAGGUCGGCGGCGCAGCAGAGGCGGGCAAGAAGAAGAAGCGCAAGCUGUUGGGCGGAGGAGGAGGCGCAGGGGCCAUGCAAUGGGGGGACGCGGCCGGGUUGGCGCCCAACUUUGAUAUCCCGCUGGAGCUGAGUCCGAUCAAGGGUGGGACCGCGGGCGCCGGGAAGGCUGCUGCGGGAGGCGCGGCGUUUUUGGCUGGGUUCGGUCUGCCCGGAAGGAACCCUUUUGCGUGA